AUGUCCUCUCAAUUCAAAGAAGAUUCCCAGAUUGUCGUCCCGCUUGAGGGCGUCAGUGAUGGGAACGAGGACUUCUGGCCUGAGGAGGGCACAACGCGAUAUGAGACGGCCGACACUACAAAUUGGUGCCGUGGUCUCGCUAUGAUGUGGAUGAGGGAUAUCGGAGUGCUUGGAGAGAUCGAUGCAACCCGCAACAUGGUUCCCGUUCGCGCUCGCCAGCGUCGAGACCGCAGUGUCCCGACUGAUGUCGACGUGCUCCGGGUUGCUAUCGCGAACAUGAAGACCAAGGCUCCUGAGACGAUCGACGAGCUGAUCGAAGAGCGCAUGAAUAUGGACUGGCGUUUCACCAACGAUCACCUCGCGGAAUAUUUCGAAAUGCUGACGCUCCAACCUGCCUUCCUCCCCCGCCACGGGGAGACGGUGCUCUGGACUCCGUUGUCUCUCAAGCCCGGAGAAUACCUCCAGUUCAACCCAGAUACCGAAGCCCUCAUGGUGCGCAAUGACAAGGGUGAAUGGGUCCGCGAACCCAAAUGGUUCGCUGGCAUUAUCACACAGACUCCCUUGGAAGAAAUCCUCUGCCAGGAAAUCAUCACACCCGAGGACAGGGAGCCCGGGAACUCGGCCUCGAACAAAGGACCCAAAGACUGGACCUCUUCUCUUUUCCGGGUUGAAGCCCUCCCGCACCCGAUUGAGGAUGACAAGUCUGACUCGCUGUUCAACAAAUAUCUCCCGCUGAGCUGCAUCAAGCCGUUCGGCUUCUGGCAGUGUUUCCUGCAUAACAUUCCUCGCGAUAAAUGGGACCCGUCUAUCGAAAACGCCAUGAUAACCAUGUCCUCGUGGAGCGUCGUGUCCCGCUACCGCUUCAAGGGCACAUGGCCGAACGCCUCCAUCUUCUGCCAGGGAAUCUGGAUCGGCGCGGAGCUGCUAGCUGUGGGCGACAGGGUGCGACUCCGUCCGCUUUCGCGCGACGGAACCAACCUUUCCCAAGUCACCGAUGUGAUGGUUAUUGAAACGAUCGAAGUGCACUUGAAGGACUGCAUCGAUGAUCCGGAUGAUGAGCAUCUGGCAGACCAGUAUAGCUCUCGAAUCAAGGGCAAAAUCUACACUCUCGACAAAAACCGACCUGACACUGCGGUGUUUGGGAAUAUCCCAUUGCAAUCCAUGUCGAUGGAGGAGGUAGCCACCGCAUUGAACUUGAACAUCAUGAACAAAUACGGCCACUGGUACCGCGUGGCUGAAGGCAAGACGGCCGUUGUGUCGCAGGAUAUGAUUCUCGGUCGGUGCUACGAACCUGACGCCCACUUGUUCCACUGGGGAAAUCAUAAUCUCGGAAAUGACUUACCAGCUAUCCUCGCGGGCCGCGAUUACUCCCGCAUCGCCGAUGCCCGCAUGCCAGAGCGUAGCACCUGGUUCUGGGGCGAUUACCGCGCCGAGACAUUGGGUCUGGAGAGUGUGAACGGAUAUGAUGUUGGCGUGGCAGCUGAGCAGCGACGGGAUCCCAAUCUCGACGUCGAGUACGAUCCCGACCAUCCCAUUCACAUGAGACCCUGGCUGGCUGUCUUCCGGAUUCUGGACGGCCAGGCAACUCCCACUGACGCGCGCGAUGCCCGUCUGCCUCGGAAGCGUGGCCGUCCGUUUAAGAAGGACUCGGACCUUCAAAAGCUGGGGAAGACGAGCAAGCUCAUUAGCACGGGGUUGGGACAAGUCUCUAACGAUGAUGAUGAUGAGGAGGAGGAGGAAGAGGAGGAGGAAAAUGCAAAGGAGGAAGAAAAGAAUGAGAUGGAGAUAAAGGAAGAGAAAAAAGUGAAGUCCGAGAGCGGCAAACGGCAGAGAGUCAACGGCGCAUACACCGUCAGGGGCAACGUUCCUGGCAAUGCCAUUCCCGUGGACAGCGAGGAGGAGUCCGAGGCUGAGUCCAGCUCGAGCGAAGAGGACGACCCCUUUGGAGGUCAACCGCAACCGCUGUAUUUCCGUGGAGGAACUGAAGAGACCGAACUCGGCGAUUACCAGCCCGGAAACUAA